AUCAGAGACUCGGAGAGCCAAUUUUGACUAGUGAAGAAGAAGAAGAAUAAGAAUAAGGAGGAGAAGAGGAAGAACCGAAGAACGAAGAAGAAGGAGAAGAAUAAGAGCCAGCUGCCAUUGUUGCAGCGGCACCCACUACCCGCUACAAUUCAGAAGCACCUCUUCUCCUCUCUCUCCCGCCGAAACCCAAAAACCACUUGUAUCCCACAGUGCUGGCAACGUGUCUUGUUAACCAUAAUUAUAACCUCUCCACAAAAAUAUAUAUACGCCAUCCUCAUCAAAACCCCCCGCACACCUCUUCGACCUGGCACGUGGCGCCAAUCUGCAGGAACGCCUGUCACCGACGCUCGAGAUCUCUUCUGUUUCUCAGUAUAAAAGAAACGGCAGCAACCGAAGCUCAAACCAAGCCAAACAUGCAUGUGAGUUGAGACUAUCGAUAUCGAUCACUAAAACAAAAAAAGUGGAAGACGAUACAGAAGAGAAGGUACCUAUGGAGAGCUUGAAUCCACAGAACAUCGAUCCUCCAACCUUCGAUGAGUGCUUCACGAACAAGAGGCAGCGGAGCAUUGACGGUAGUGCGAUUUCAAAGUUACGUGAAACCGGGGGGUCCUCCUCCGGUCAAUGGUCGUCGGAGGGGACGGACAUCACCACCGACAGUAUCAUGUCUCAAGAGGAAGAGGAUAAGAAUGCGAGUAGUGAAAGCUCCCCAUGCGGAUCCUACGGCUCGAUAUCGGUGAUCGGCCGGAGGAGAGCCAUGAAGGACGCCAUGGCCCUCACCAAGCUCGACGGCUACAACUUCUUCGCCGUCUACGACGGCCACGGCGGCUCAUCAGUCUCCAACGCCUGCCGUGACCGACUGCACCUGCUCGUCGCUCAGGAGGUGGAGCCCUUGAUAAGCGGCGGCGCCGGAGGGCUCAACUGGGAGAAGGUCCUGGCCUCCUGCUUCACAAAGAUGGAUAACGAGGUCGGCGCCGCCGGCCCCGAAAUAGAGGGUUGGGUGAACACGGUGGGAAGCAGCGCUGUUGUUGCAGUCGUGGGUAAGGAGGAAAUCGUGGUGGCCAACUCCGGCGACUCACGUGCCGUUCUGUGCCGCGACGGCGUUGCUGUACCUCUGUCACGUGACCACAAGCCAGACCGUCCGGACGAAAAGCAAAGAGUGGAGGCGGCGGGAGGGAGAGUGAUAGACUGGAAAGGCAGCCGUGUCCUGGGAGUGCUAUCUACGUCACGCUCGAUCGGAGACCAUUACCUGAAGCCGUACGUGAUAGCGGAGCCGGAGGUGACCGUCAGUAAGAGGACGGAGUCGUGCGACUUUCUGUUGAUAGCGAGCGACGGACUCUGGGAUGUUGUUUCCAACGAGUGUGCGUGUCAGUUUGUUACGAGGUUUUUGGGGGAUGUACAAAUUAAGAGGAGGUUCUCGGAGUGGGUGAGCGGAGGUCAGGCAGCAAAUGCGGCUGCCUUGCUGGCGCAACUGGCUCUGGCUCGAGGGAGCAAAGAUAAUAUCACCGUCAUAGUGGUUAAGCUCAACAAUUCCUCGAGACAAUGAACUCACUGCUGUACGGGUUCAGCUGGUAUACAUGACAUAUAUCUACCCGAUUUGUAUGACAUACAUACAUCAAGCCGUCGUGAGUUGUCCUAUCGUUUAGCAAUUCAAAAUUUAAAUCAGACGGUUCACGACUUGAUAUACUAUACAUAUAUAUGUAUAAUAGAAAAGUCCACUAUAAUAGAGAAAAGUCCACUGAUCUACUGCUAUAUGUUUCUACAGUUCUAGUAUUGUUCUGUUUUUGCUUUUAUAUAUUUGUUAGUUUUUCUUUUCAUUAUGUUUUCAUUCUCAUCCUUCUUUCUUUUGAUCAGGUUUUCUUUCUCAUCUUGUAUAAGUCGUUUAUACAACCUUUGUAGCACUACAUUUUACAGAAAACUUAUAAAAAUAUCAUGUUUAUUACUUUUGG